UGCUUGUGCAUAUUAAAACACUCCCUUUCUUUAUGAGUUGUCAGUGUUCAUCGCUGUAGCCUCAGGAUGUUUAAACUAACACUUCUGUUCCUGACACUGUCAGACCUACAAGCUGUUCCAAUCGGAGCCCCCAGGCAGAAGCCAUCUACCCAUCAUGUCCCUGCUAAUGUUCCAGCCCAAAAGAAUGGCGGUGGUUGGGUUCGUGUGGAAGAAUCCCUGUCUUCUCGCCCACUCCCUGAUGGUUUUAGACAGGGAACUGAACGCUUCAUGCCCAUCCCAGAUGGUUUCAGACAGGGAACCGAACGCUUCAUGGCCAUCCCAGAUGGUUUCAAACAGGGAACGGAACCCUUCGUGUCUAUCCGGGAUGGUUUCAAACAGGGAACCGAACCUUUCCUGCCUAUCCGGAAUGGUUUCAGACAGGGAACCGAACCCUACAUGUUUUUCCAGCAAGGUCCCAGCCAGGAAUCUGAACCCACCAACAAGAGAGUGGCAUGUAAAGGAAAGCUCAUUGAUGGAAACUGCGUUGAGUCCAACCCCUCAUCUGUGAACGUCUUUGAACAGAAGGUUAACCAACAGCCAACUAGCCACUUGAAAAAACGUGAUAUUGUUCCAGACCAGCUCCGUCAAGAGCCUGCUAAUGUUCCAGCCCAAAAGAAUGGCGGUGGUUGGGUUCGUGUGGAAGAAUCCCUGUCUUCUCGCCCACUCCCUGAUGGUUUUAGACAGGGAACUGAACGCUUCAUGCCCAUCCCAGAUGGUUUCAGACAGGGAACCGAACGCUUCAUGGCCAUCCCAGAUGGUUUCAAACAGGGAACGGAACCCUUCGUGUCUAUCCGGGAUGGUUUCAAACAGGGAACCGAACCUUUCCUGCCUAUCCGGAAUGGUUUCAGACAGGGAACCGAACCCUACAUGUUUGUCCAGCAAGGUCCCAGCCAGGAAUCUGAACCCACCAACAAGAGAGUGGCAUGUAAAGGAAAGCUCAUUGAUGGAAACUGCGUUGAGUCCAACCCCUCAUCUGUGAACGUCUUUGAACAGAAGGUUAACCAACAGCCAACUAGCCACUUGAAAAAACGUGAUAUUGUUCCAGACCAGCUCCGUCAAGAGCCUGUUGAAAUCCAAACCCAAAAGAAUGGUGGUCGCAGGGUUUGCACGGAGGAAUCCCCAUCUGCCUGUCGUCUGCUCCACGGUUCCAGUCAAGGAAGCGAACCUUUGAUGCCCAUUCAAGAUGGUUCUAGGCAGAACAUCCAACAGCGCAUAGCUAUAAGAGAUGGGUUCAGGCAGGGAACCGAACAGUUCAUGCCAAUCAGAGAUGGUUUCAGACAAGGAACGGAGCGCUUCAUGGCUAUCAAAGAGGGGUACAGACAGGGAACGGAGCGCUUCAUGGCUAUCAAAGAUGGGUACAGACAGGGAACUGAGCGCUUCAUGGCUAUCAAAGAUGGGUACAAACAGGGAACGGAGCGCUUCAUGGCUAUCAAAGAUGGGUACAGACAGGGAACUGAGCGUUUCUUGCCUAUCCAUGAUGGUUUCCAACAGGGAACCGAAUCCUUCAGACCUUUUCAAUAUCGUUUCAAACAGGGAACCGAACCUGAAAGGAAUACAGGGUUCUGUAAAGGGGGUGCCAUUAAUGGAAUUUGCUAUGUGUUCAACCCAACGUUGAUGACCUUCUAUGAUGCCCAGAACGUCUGCAAAAACCUUGCUCCAAAUGCCAAAAUUGUAUCUAUAAACAGCAGUAAUCUGCAUAAGCGCCUAGUUUCCCUGGUGACAGAGGGUGGCAAGAAGAAACCCAUGGCAACCUGGUUGGGAGGCACCAUCAAGAACCAGAAGGCAUCAUGGGAAGAUGGAUCCGAGUGGAGGUACAGCAGAUGGAUGCCGGGUUAUCCCAACAUUCAUACUGACAAGCCUCUCUGUGUGGAGAUGUUCAGAAAAGGUGUGAGCUCGUGGACUACAGCCGACUGCCAUCAGAUGAGGGCGUCCAUCUGCUCCUACCCAAUGACUGCAUGAAAGCCACAAACAGACAGGACAUGAGCCCACCACCCAACAUAAUCCAUCUGAAUCGCCUGAAAUAAAAACUGAGCAUAUUA